AUGACUGAGUGUCACAUCCCCCAACCUCCUUCGACUACAAUUCAAACGUCCAACGAGCCUCCAAGGACCUUAUGGAUGGGAGAUUUGGACCCUUCGUUUGAUGAAAGCGUAAUAAAACAAAUAUGGAUGGCCCUAGGACACCAGGUCGAAGUGAAACUAAUCCGUGCAAAGAAAAACCUACUAAUCCCUUGCAGUUCGAGCAAUACCCUUUCAUCGAACUCGCACGAUGAGAGGAUCCAAAUUAAUGGUAUGUCUUUUAUAGACCCAAACACUACCCAACUACAUCACGCUGGAUAUUGCUUUGUACAGUUCCAAAGCCUUGCAGAAGCACAGGCUGGCCUGCAACUAAAUUCCAUGCCUUUGCCCAACAUAAUAAGUCAAACUACUCAACAGCAAACCAAUCACGAUGGCCAGCGUAAAUUUAGACUAAAUUGGGCGUCAGGUGCUACUUUACAGUCAGAUAUUCCUACUACUCCAGAAUACUCGCUGUUUGUGGGAGACUUAUCACCAUCUGCAACAGAAGCUGACCUACUAUCUUUAUUUCAGACAAAAUAUAACGCAGUAAAGACUGUAAGGGUCAUGACGGACCCAAUUACUGGAGCUUCGCGGUGUUUUGGCUUUGUUCGAUUUGCAGAUGAAGAAGAGCGCCGUAGAGCGCUAGAAGAAAUGAAUGGCGUAUGGUGCCAGGGAAGACAGCUUCGUGUGGCCUACGCUACGCCUAGGAAUAAUUUAGUCUCACAACAACAGGGACACCAACAGGGACACCAGCAGGGACACCAGCAGUAUCAGCAGCGACAUCAGCAUCAAGGAUCAGGAUCCGCUCAAUUUGUACAUCAAAGACGUGGAUCACAACUUAAUCAACUCCCUUCUAUGCAUAACUCCUCUAUGUUAGUUGGUGGCCAAGAAAUCGCUUCAGCGCCGCAACAAGCGCUCAGCCCCGGCCAACAGCUGCCGUCGUUACAACAGGCAAAUCAGUCCCUGCUAAUGAGGGCUGCAACAAGCUUAGUCAAUUCCAAUACCAAUCAGACAACAAUAAGUCAAUCACCGGAUUACAAUGAUCAAGGUAGAUCAGUUUUUAUUGGAGGCAUUAGCAAUCAAAUCAAUCAGUCUCAGAUACAUUCGCUAUUUUCUCCAUUUGGCAAUAUUGUGAGUAUCAACCUCAAUCCAGGGGAAGGAGGUGGAUUUGUAAAGUUUGAGAAGUCCUCGGAUGCUGAGGCAGCGAUAAAAGGUAUGCAGGGCUUUACCAUUAGUGGCAAAAAUGCGACAAUGGUUUCGUGGGCUAGCACUCCAACCCCUAGCAGUAACGGAAGUGCUUCUAUACUUGCUGAUUUGCAGGGACAAACACAACAACCCAACCCACUCUUGCCAUUUUCGCAACCUAGCCAACUUGGAUGGGAUGCUCUUCAAAGGAACCCCCGAGGAUCAUUUUCUUCUUCAAGCGGUUUGGAUUUGCAGCUCGCUGACGCUGUUCCCGUAGCAGCGACACCGAGAAUGUUAGAACCUGGCGCGGCCACAACCACAACCACCGCGACUACACAACAAGCACCCAUUCGUCCUUCAUUAUUACAAUAG